UGCCAAGAGGAUGACGAGAGCUUCGUGAGCUUGCCACUCGGUCAGAACGUUUUGUAGUGAAUAGAUUUUUGUGUUUAGUGCAGAGGUGAAUGAGAUUUGCGAAUGAGCAAAUUUAUAAGGAAAAAAUUUAUAAAAUUAAAUUCCUGAAGAACAAAUAAGCAGCUAAAAAUCACCGUCAUUCUUAAAAGUGGAAAAGUGGAUCUUUCUUUAAGUGGAAUUAGUCAACAUAUUCAUUCUUUUUCAACAAUUACUUACGCUCAAAAUGAUAUCUCAUUAUCAAACACGAAAGCAUCAAUUCGGCUGGAUUCCAGGAGUUUUUCUGCUCUCUCUCGUUUUGGUCUCAUCUCACGAAAUUGUGCCUCCGAAUCAUCAGGGUACACCAGAUGCAUCAACCUUGAAAAUAGAGGCCAGAGAAUCCGAGGCAUCGAUAAUUCUAGGAAAGGAUCUUGUUCUCGGCCCACCUUUGUCGACUAGAGCAUCGAUCAUCGCUAAUUUCAGCAACUCCGACGACAUUGCGUCGACAAAAGUUAAUUCCCUCGUAGAUUCCACGAUCGUUAAUCGGAUAUCUUUUGGAGAAAAUCCCAAAAGUGUUCUCCGGAAACCCUCCGUGUCGAAGAAUGAGACUUCUCGAGGAUCUUAUAUCGUCGACAGCCUUUAUCGAGCCAACAAAGGCUCGAAGACUGCGUGGAAAAGAGACAGCUAUCUCGAAGCACUAAGACACUCGCGUAACAGCGACGAUCCGCGAGAAGGAAUCGUGCAGAUCGACUUAAAGACGAAUACGAACAGAAGGGAAUAUGUGCAGGGGCCCGUUUACAGGCCGGAAACGGAGUACGGUUCGCCCGAAUCGCCGUACGCAUCCAAGAAUCCGCGAAUCACAUACGGGGGACCUAGCGAUUCUUAUCCCCAAUCUUUCAAACAGUCAAUGGGCUACAACGAUAAUUACAAUACUCCGCAGAAUUCUUACGGUCCACCGCAGAAUCCGUACGGACCGUCGCAAGAUGGUUCUUCGUUUUAUCCGCAGACUCCUUCGUACAGACCUCCCGGGAAUUCUUAUUUACCACCGCAACAAGAUGAGAUCAAAGGAUAUGGUCCUUCUAUACAUACUUCUAUUCCAACUCCAGUCUAUGGUGCACCUUAUGCACUACCGGAAGUAUCUUACAUUUCCCUUCUGCCGAGUUUCAAUCUAGGAUUGCCAUUCGCCCUCAAAUUAAACGCAUUCACCAUUGCAAAAAUCAUAUUAAAAUUAGUGAUCUUCAAGAUGAUUGUGAAAUUUAUCGCGGUAAUUUGCUUGUUACUCUUCAUACCGAAACUGGAGAUAAUCAAGAAAAAGAUCUCUAAUAAAGGUGACGACGAUGAAGAACGUAGUUUAUCAUCGCCUUAUACGAGUUUGGAAACACUAAACAGUCUCGAAGGCGUGGUAAAAAAUUCUGUCGAGAAGUACGAGGCGCAAAACAGUGCUCGUUCAAAUUCGACGGAGAAAUGCACGACACUUACGUGUCGCAUCACCGAAGCGCUUACGUUCCACGAAUCUUGGUAUGACUACUUGAAUUUAUUCAACAGCUUCGUGGAGGAAGAGAGGCAGCUAACAGAACAGAAAGAGCAGUGGGGAUGGGGAUUUAACUCGGUUUAUAAACGUAGCAUGGUGACACGAUAUGCCAGUCCUCUCUUGAUUGCCAUUCGCCGUGUCAGGAAAUCGUCACCGAGAAAUUUCAACCGAGACAUCACUGAUCAGUCGAAACGAUGGAGCAUGUUCACGUUCUGCGAGGACACGUAUGCUCUUCCCGAUGACGCAAAAGCAACCACCAUAAAGGAGAUAAAGGAACCUAAGGACAUAAAGGAAGCGGCGACCGCUUCGAAGGAUGUAAAGGAUGCUAUUAAGGCUGCCAAGGAUGCGAAGAAGAGUAAGAAGGAGUGCGCCCGAGAAUGCGGGGACGAUUACGAUCCUAUUUGCGUUCACGAUCCUGCCGAUUCCAACUUUAAACCAAGGACUUUCAGCUCGCAAUGCAUUUUGGAUGUUCACAACUGCGAGAUGGGAACGAAGCGUAAUUUGUACGGGCGGGGCUAUUGUCCGUCAAUCUUCGUUGUAACGAGUUUACCUUUCAAAUCAAUGCACAAGAUAAUGAGGAUGCGACCGCGAGCGAUGAAGAAUGACGGCCGGCCGCGCGUCCUCAGUCCGGUGCACUUUGUCCCACCUACAAUGUGUCAUCAUCUGGUCCGGGUGACGCGUGACAUGACCGACUUAUCUUCAAAACUUUACUGCGUAAUUGUUCUCUUCUCGUUAUGCGAGACGAGAACGUACCCUCUAGUCUCGUACACCUGCACGACCGCAAGCACGCGGACACUAACAGAUACGGAACAUUCAUCGACGUCAGAAUCGGUGUCAAUCUUCGAAGAGAUGGAGAACCGAUUGUCGAGCCUCGAGCGGAGACUGCGAGCGGUCGAGCAGCCGGUUUGGCAGAUCAGCCUGAGGGAAGAGGAUUGGGAGAUUUGCGCCGAGGGACCGUGCAAAUGCGUACCGGAGAUGAAAUUGGUGUCCUGUUGGAGAUACGAUCUGCUGGACCUACCUCCGAUGCAACUGGUUCCCGCCGAUGUAUUGAAACUGGAUCUCGGGAAUAACCGGCUUAAUGCUCUACAUAGAGACACAUUUAGAAACAUGACGCGACUGCACCAUUUAGAUCUGAGCAGCAACCUUAUCGAGCAUUUAGCAUCGAAUUUGUUCCUGCCGCUGCACGGUGUUGCAAAUGUCAGGCUUAGUAACAAUCUGUUGAAGGAGAUGCAACGAAAUCAAUUCUUCGGGUUAAGGAAUCUUCGAAUACUCGAUCUGUCAUCGAACAAACUCCGUUCUUUACCGGAAGAUCUUUUCCUGAGCAACAGACUUUUGGCUUUAUUGGAUCUUUCGUCGAAUCGUAUCUCGUCGUUAUCUCCUGGUACGUUUCGUGGUCUUGGGAAUCUCGAGGAAUUGUUGCUCGGUAAAAACCGGUUAACCGGAUUACCCGUUCCAAUUUUCCGAGAUACGAUUAAUCUCAGACGUCUCGCACUCGAGGAAAAUCGUUUGAAAGAACUGCCUAACGGUAUAUUAAAAGAUUUAACUUCUCUCAAAGAGUUAGAUAUGAGAGAUAAUCGAUUGACAGAAAUAUCUAAGGGAUUGUUGUCGGCCCUCGUACAGCUAGAACUUCUGGAAAUAUCGAGCAAUAGAAUAUCUCAUAUUGAUACAAGAGCCUUUCUCAGCAUGACAGCGCUUCGAGAACUUCGACUAGGACAUAAUCAUAUAAAAUAUUUGUCACCUGGAUUAUUCAACAACUCUGUAUCUUUGGAACGUCUUAUCCUCUAUGGAAAUCGUAUAGAAAUCUUAAUAAGAGGCGUCUUUCGCGGAUUAUCUAAUGUCACCUCUCUUUUCUUGCAAUCUAAUCGAUUAAGAUUAGUGCAAUCAGGAGUUUUCGAGGAUACGCCGAGAUUGCAGAAAUUGCAAUUGGAGUCAAAUGACUUCUCUUUUUUGCCAGCUGGCAGUUUGGAUGCAAUACCGAUGAUUCAACAGAUACGUCUAGGUCGAAAUCCUUGGCAUUGCGACUGCCGUGCCUCUUAUAUCGCCUCUUGGUUACGCAGGAGAUUCGCCAGCUUCGCGAAUCUGACCAACCCGUUACAGAUACAACAAGCUUUGAUCUUGACAGGCAAUUGGAGUAUCUGGGAAUUUGGAGCUGGUGCAACUUGUAGAGGCCCUGGUAUUCUAGGUGAUCAGUCGCUGCUGCGUCUGACCUUUCACGAACUCUGUGAGGGUCAAUGGGCUUCCAUGAAGGGUAUCGUACCUCGGUUACCUCUCGACGCUAUGAUGCCAUCCGUUACGUCGCGUGAGAUCAGAAAAGACACAAUUUUAACAUGAUCUUGGUAGAAUUUUGGUAUAAUCUGAUUUAAUACUAUAUUUCUGGAUUAUUAUUUUUAUUUUACGGUAGUGCAAUAAUCUUAAAAUGAAAUGUAAGCAAAUAUAAAAACACAUUUCUAAACUUUUGUACAAUCGACAUUACAUUUAUAGUUUUAUAUAUUAAAUUAAUACGUAAAGAUAAUUUAAAAGUAAUUAUUAUACAUAUAUUUAUUAUAAUAUUGAUAAUAUAUAUUAUAAUAUAUUGUCGCAGAUAUAAAAAACGUAAAAUUCAAAUACACGAGUUUGUGUCUAUGAAGCAUAGAAUACCACGUGAUAUUAUUAAUUAAAUAUUUAAUAAUGAU